GCGCCGUGACUAGGGGAACUUCCGGCGUGUUACAGAAAAGUCCCGAAAUGUAAUCUCCAGAAACAUGGCGGCCUCCAUCGUACAGUCUACAAUCUAAUAGAGUGACAGCAGACAGACGUAUGUCCGAUGGAAGGAUUGUAGAAGAGAUCAGGGACACAUGAUUCCACCCGAACUGCUGGCCGCCCUGUCCGGCCCGGAGGUGCUCAGCCUCCCCGAGCCGCUGCCGGUGCAGAAGAGUCCCGGGAGGGCGGGCACCUUCACCCCUCGUACAGUGCACUUCCCCCGGGACCACCGAUUCUUCGAGGAUGGGGAUGUUUAUCGCCACUUAUACCUGGAAGAUGUAUUGACGGGAAUUGGAGAAGUAGAGAAAAAGGCCAAGGUGUCAGAGUUUCAGUGUCAGACGGCAGGUUGCGCUCAGGUCUUUGACACUCUAGAAUCAUAUGAGCAUCAUUACAACGCCCUGCAUCGAAAUGUCUGCUCCACCUGUAAACGCUCCUUCCCAUCUUCCCGACUUUUGGACAUUCACAUCUUGGAGUGGCACGAUUCCUUGUUUGAGAUUAUGGCAGAGAAAAGCAACAUGUUCCAGUGUUUGGUUGAAGGAUGUGUGGAGAAAUUCAAAACCUCUGGGGAACGUAAAUGCCAUUUAGUCAGGACACACUUGUAUCCUUCUGACUUUCGAUUUGACAAGCCUAAGAAAUCUAAGAACAAAAAAAAGCAAGAGGACAGCACAGGCCAAGAACUUUCCAUGGACAUUACACCUGAUGAAAAGGUAGUGUCGGAAUCCAUGGAGACCAGUGAAAUGCCUGCUGAUGACAGAACUACUUCACAUGCCACUUACAGGUCCAGGGUUCCAUCCACAAUCUGCUUUGGACAUGGAUCUGUGAGAGGAUUCAGACAUUCAAGGAAAAAGAAGUGAAAGUCUCAAAUUUAAAGCCAAAAAAUUAAAUGGAAACUAAAUUGUAUAACGAAAAAUAUAACAUUCAAUAUCUCUGUCCAGAUGUGCCUUCAAAGAAUAUGGCUUUAGGACUACAUAGUUUCUAAUGGUGUUUUUUAUGUCUAUACUCGGUAAGGAACAACGAGCAAAGAAAAGAGCAGGAAACGGCAUGAAAUAUAUGUUUUAAAAGAUGUUCAGUUUUUACAAAUUGAAAAAUAAAAUCUUUUCUGUAUUUAA